AUGAGACUCCAUUUACUGCUUUCUGUUCUCCUCCUCUCUUUGACUAUAAUACCAAAAGCAAGUACUGGCCUUAUUCCAGGACGAAAACAAUGUAUUCUUCUGCAAGGGGUGUGCAAAGAUGGAGGAUGCACCAGCACGGAUGAUACCAUUGGUGUAUGUAAUGAUAAAAAAAAAUGUUGUAGAAGGUGGUGGGUACUUCUUCCCUAUCCAACGCCAGUUCCCAAAUCAAAAUCUCCUUGAUGACAGCAAACUGUAAGCCCUUCGAACUCUAGAACACAUGGAU